AAGUAUCAAUUGAAAUGGCAACAGAUGAAAGACUUAAGUGGCUGGAGGUCAGAAUAGGAUCCUCCUUGCGACCUCGCAAUGAAGAUCUCAAAAAUAUGUUGCUGAAUGAUGAUAACAGGCUUGCCUUCUAUGAGUUUGUCAACAACGAAGAUGUGAAAAAGCUGUUUGUUUACAUGCGCCCUGAAAGACAGAUAGUAGCAUCCUUGCAGCCACCUAUGGAGCUAAAAACUAAGGCAAUUUUUUUCUUAAAGUGCAAUCCUGGAACAAAGCUUACAAAGGAUAAUAUUGAUAAUGAAGUUUUCUACUUGGACUGCACAAGUACCCCGCUUGAGCAUUUAGAGAUGACUAUACGAGAGGUGUUUCUUCCCCUGCUAACAACCAACACACACACUUUAGCUAAUGCCUCUGGGAACGGGGACAAAAUCAUGGAUAUUCUACACAGGCUAAUGGCUACUGUUGAAGUCUCACAGGGUCAUGUGGAGGGUCAGGUGGUUCUGAACCUCCCAGCCAUUGAAGUUCUGGCAGAGGCAGCAGCUUCACCCUCCAGAAGGGCUGCAGUGCUUCAUGUGCUAGAAACCACAGUCAUAGGGUGGAUCAAGCAAAUCAGGAGUGUCCUGAGACAUGACCCCCAAGCUGACCUGUCCCACCAGUUUGGCAAGGAGCCUGGUCCACUGGAUGAGAUAAUCAUGUGGGAGAGACACCUGGAGAAGCUCAAGUCAGUAGAUGACCAGCUUGACUCUGAUGUGGCUAAAGACAUCCUGGAAAACUUAGAGGCAGCUGAUAGCCAGUACGCUCAUUCAUUUACUGGUGUUAGGAAGGAUAUCACAAAGGCUCAGGCAGACGUGCAUAGAAUUCUGAAAUUUCUCAGCACUCUGGAACCCUGGUACAAAAAACUACACAAUGAGGAAAACCCUAAAGUGAUUGUCAAGUUCUUCAAACCUCUAAUGCAUGUGUUGAACUUGGUCUGGAAUCAUUCCACAUAUUACCACCAAAUUGACAAGUUCCACAACCUGCUGAGGCUGCUGUCCAAUGAGAUUGUCCACAGAGCCAUAGCCAUGGUUGGUGAUGAUGUCCUCAGGGAACCAUUGGAGUCAUAUGCCAAAUUGAAGGAGGCAUUGAGAGUGUGUGCUUCUUUUAGGGGAACUUACUUGGAUUUCAAAGAGAAGGCAGAUGAUCAGAAUGCCAAAAACAUUGCAGAAAAUGCUGAAAAACUUGCUGCUAGACCUAGAGGGAACCUGUUUAAAACCAAACUGUACGGCCCCCAUGCCUACACACCAAGGUAUGGACUCCGUCAAGUUGAUGGCGGCAACAACACAGACUCGGCAGAUGAGGAGGAACUGUGGAUGGACAGCCCCUGGCCUGCCAGGAAUGCCCCUUGUUUUGACCUGCUCAAUAACUUCAUGGAAAGAUGCAAUGACGUCCUUGAACUUGUGGAGACAACUCGCCACUUUCGCCUGCUGGCCGGAGCGGCUGAAAUAGGUGGCGCUGGCAGCCCAAGUUUGGACGCCAUGGUCAAGGAGCUGCACAAUAAGUACUCCCACGCCAUGAAUGAGUUCUUCUCUCAGGUGCAGAAUGUUUUAUGUAUUGAUGGCAGCCAGCAGUUUGAGAAGGCUUUCUUCAAUUUUAGAACCACUGUCAAGGAACUAGAGAAGAGCCUGUCUGGCAUCCUACGCCUGGCAUUUGAUCAGUGCCCUCUGGUGGAGGCUCAAUUGAGACUUCUAGAAGUGUUUGAAGGGAUCAGUGGCAGAGAACUUGUACAGCAACACCUGAAAGACAUUGACAAGACUCUGGUCCACAACUUCACAGUGGAGCUGGAGCAGGUCAAACACAUCUUCGAUGAGUCCUACAUCUCCCCUCCAUCCCACCACAACAUGCCUCACACUGUCUCCAAGCUGAUGUGGGCCAGGGCACUCAAGGAGAGGAUAUCUAAUCCCAUGGACAAAAUGAAACAUGUCAGCCCCCACUCACUAGAAGGAGAUGCUGGAUGGCACAUGAGAAACUUAUACAAUAAUAUCAUCAAGGAUUUAGACAAAUUUGAAAAUGGAGUGAUCUCAAAGUGGCAGGUUGAAACAGUGUCAGACCUCAGACAGAAGCUAAAGGAACCCUUGUUGAUAGCAGAAGAAUAUGAUGAAGACUUUGACAUUCGUCCUAAAGUUAUUCAUGUCAACCUUGACCCCAAACUUCUGCUUGUCCUUAAAGAGAUACACUACCUUAGCCAGCCACCUUUCAGUAUCCACCUCCCUGAAUCAGCAAAAGAGCUGUUGAGAAACACCAAUGCCCAGUACCUGAGUGUGACAGCAGCCAGACUGGAGACCAUUGUGUCCAAGUACAACGCCAUCAUGAGAUCCAUCACAGACUUUGAGAGGCCCAUGUUUGAGAGAAAGCUGGAUCAGAUUGAUAAGCUUUUGGAGCAAGGUCUCCACCAGCAGACCUGGAAGAUGAAAGAAUCUGCAGACUUCAUCGAGAUGGCCAUGUCCCUUGUGUGCCUUGAUGUCCACCAGAACCUGGACAUCAUCCAGACCAACUGUAACGACAUAGCCGAGAUGACCAUGUCCUGGUCAAAAGGGACCCUGGACGUGUUUAGUGCAAGAGAUGGCCUCAAGUCCUAUUCUAUGGAUGAGCUGCAGGAUAUGCACAGAACCUUGAAUGAUGAACUAGAGAGUGUGGUGUCCCCUGCCUCCAGCAAGAUCCACAACUUGGUCAGUGAAUCCUACGAGGUUGUCCAGAUUUCUCAAGCAUCUCCAGCCUGGAGGAACUACAUUGACUACAUAGAUGCUAUAGUGUUGGAUGGCCUGAAGCAGGCUACACAGGCCAGCUUAAGGAACAUGCUCAACACUUUGGUGCAGGCAAACUUGGCUGGGGAGAUGUCUGACACCACUGUUGUGCCCAUCUUGACCAUUAGACUGGAACUGAUUGAGAGCAAUGUAGACUUCCGGCCCCCACUUGACCAGUCCACCUCAGUCAUCAGUGUCCAGGAGAUGGUCCAGGCUUGGUUACAAAGUUAUCUGGACAGAGGAAAGCUGGUCAAAAUGCUAGGACCAAAGGGUUCCUAUGAAGACUACAUAAAAAUGGAUGAAGAAGUUAAAGAUCUGCUUACUCACAUCAACAGGCUUGUAGAGGACAACAGUGAGGAAUGUAAAAAACUUUUAGAAAUAUUCAAAGAUUAUGAAUUUCUUUGGAUACAAGAUGUGAACCAAACAUUUGAAGACUUUAUCAAUGGGGUUGUCAAGCCAAAUAUUCUUCGGUCAAGAAGUGCACAGAAAUCAGGCAGACAAAGCGCUCUUCCUGCUACAAAGUUUGAAAAGCUUUCUCAAGCUUCUAGGUCUUCUUCAGCCAGAAGUGCUAUCACAGCUGAGAUGCUGGAAAAUGCUGAAAGAAAUUUCCUAACCCCUAAAGGGCAAGAAGGAAAAAGAAUCAAUGUUCCAUCCUUGGAUGAGUUUGACCAGGAGAUUGAUACUUACAUGACUGCCAGGGAUGAGGUGAUGGGGUUUGAUGACCAUCACAAUGUGGGCUGGAUAAGGGUUGAUCUUCAGCCAAUCAAACAAGUCCUUACAACAUAUGCAUCAAAAUGGAUGUGGACAUUCACCAACUACUUAUCAGAACAGGUGACAUCCAUGUUGGAAAAGCUGGACAUUUUCCUCAAGAGGAUAGAACCAGAGAUAGAAAAUAUAACAGGUGAAGAAAGGGACACAACUAGCUUCAUGAAGAUGAUGCGACUCUUUAACGAGGUGUCAGCCCAACAGCAGGAGAUGGACGGCAAGUUUGCUGCCAUGAACAGAACGGUUCUACUGCUGAAGAAAUACUCCCAGACCCUGCCUGACAAGACACAGGCUCUGUUCACUAGUGCCCCCACCAGAUGGAACAACCUCAAGACCAAAGUUUCCCUGGCCAAACAGAGACUGGGGCCCCGGAUUCAGGAGGAGUCGGCUAGCAUAACACAGGACUUGGAGGCAUUUGCAGUGAGAGUAAACUCCCUUUCAGAAGACCUACAAAACUCAGACAUCUACCAGAGGGAUUGCAGCAUAGCAGAUGCUCAGAAAAUUGUGGAGGGCUUUAGCAAAAGGCUGCUUGUAUUGGAGAAUGAGGCCCAGGACUUGAAAGAGCUACAGGAGUUGUUGGAAGCUUCUGUGGUCAGCUUCUCUGUCAUACCAAGCCAUCGCCAUGAACUGAAUAACUUGAAACUAGUCUGGGACACUGUGAAAGUGAUAGACAAUCAGCAGUCAGACUGGAAGGGUCAGCGUUGGCAGAAGAUUGACACUAGGGAACUCAGGGAAGAGACAGGUAAACAGAUGGACAUGGUGCGGGGGCUACCUGAAGAUGUUCAUGCUUGGGAUGUCUACAUGGGACUUCAUGAGUCCAUUAUCACUAUACAGGCUUGCCUCCCAUUGGUUGAUGACCUCAGCAACCCAGCCAUGAGAACCAGGCACUGGAAACAGCUUGUGAGAGUCACAGGCGGGGCCUUCACCAUAGACAAUGAUUCUCUCAAGAGGAUGACGUUUAAGGAGCUUCUCAGUCUUGGCCUGCAGCAACAUGUGGAUGAUGUUAGAGCUAUUGUACUGAGGGCCAUCAAGGACUUGGCCAUUGAGAAUGCUCUGAAAACCUAUGAGGAGAUUUGGCUGGGAAAAAUAUUUGAGCUCAAGCACCAUAUCCAUUUUAAAGCAGGUGUCCCUCCAGAGGCUGCUCAGGAUAGCCAGAGUGAUAACAGCCAAGGGGAAGCAACAGGUGUAGUGACAGCGCCCCCUACUAAAACAACAAGGGCCACAAGCAGGACAAGCAACCAGAGCAGUCACAGCAAGAAUAAGAGGGGCAGUGUCUCAUCACUCCCAGCAUCCCUCCUUAAUCUAGGGGAGGAACAAGGGGCCUUAAUGCUGUUGGCCAACACAGAGCCCAUCUUUGAUGAGCUGGAGCACCACCAGAUCACCCUGCAGGCCAUGCAGUCCAACUCUGCUGCUGGCUCCUUCUUGGACGAGGUUCUCAAGUGGCAGAAGAGGCUCCAGACCAUUGAGGCUGUACUGCAGACCUGGCUGGAGGUUCAAGAAAAAUGGGUGGAGAUGGAAGAGGUGUAUACAGGCAACGAAGUGCGUCAAGCUCUUGCCAACGACGCCAGCAGAUUUGCUCUGGUGAACAAAGACUUCAGGCUGCUGAUGAGGGCAACAGAGAAGAACCCAAACGUCAUGCAAUGCUGCAGCAGAAAAAAUAUACUACAAAUCCUUGAGCACAUGAGCCAGAGCUUGGAGCUAUGUCGCAAAUCCCUGCUGCACCAUCUGGAAAGACGCAGACAGAUUUUCCCCAGAUUUUUCUUUCUCUCAAUGGAGGAUGUCCUCAGGAUUAUCUGUAAUGGCUAUGACCUCAGCAUGGUGAACCUGUACAUCAGCAAGCUGUUGGAGAAUGUUGGCUGUCUGCAGUACGAGGAGCUGGAGGAGAAUGACAAGUGUAACUUUGCUAUCACAGGGGUGCAGAGUGCCCUAGGGGAGAGGUUAAACUUCAUCCAGCCAGUCAACUGCGAAGGUCAGGUAGAGUCCUGGCUCUCCAGCCUCCUGGCCCAGCUACGCUCCACCCUACAGUCCCAACUGACCGAUGCCCUGGGGUCUGAGCCGGCCACUAAACCUAAAACACGGCUCAUUCACAGUGCAGGGGCCAGAAAAGUUGCCAUCCCAAUAGAAGACAAGGGGGAUGAAGAGACACCAGAGACAGUUGGUAAAGCUGAGAGUGAGAACAGAAAAGACAGCCCCACUGAUGGGAGGGUCAGCUCUCUCCUCGGUGUUGAGAGGGCCAAGUCCUGGACCUUGGAUCAUGUGACUGAGAUCGUGUACCUGGCCACCCGGGUCCAGAUGACCCACAAGAUCACGUCUGCCCUGGAGAAGUUUGCAGCUGGGGACAGAGAGGCUCUUAAGGAGUCCUUAAAAAAUAUUGAAGCCAGCAUCAAUGCUACAGUUUUACUGUUGAAAGGCUUAGAAGGAGAUAAACAAGCUACAACUACUCCAUUGGAAAGAAAUGCACAAAAUGCCCCAAAUCUGGAGAAACCAACUGAUGAAAAUGUGAACAAUGAAAAGAUACAAAAGAAUACUGAAGAAGAAAUGGGAUCAAGACUGUUGGAAGGUGGUGACACAUCUACUCUAGCUCCUCUUGACACCAUCAGCAUGAUUAUACCCCCAACAGAGGAGAAGGGAGCAAACUCUGAUGCUGAUGAACCCAACAGUGAUGACAAACUAAGGGAGUUAAAACUGAUGCUGUUUCCAAGUCAGAUUCACAAGCUUACCUCCCUUUUGUCUCUUUUUGCUCACCUUAGAGAUUUAAUGCAGAGACUGGCAGAUAUAUCUAGCAACAACUCACCUUUAGAAAGUUUUGAUUGGAAAUCUCAAUUAAAUUACCAGCAUGAUCAUUCCAGAAACAUCACAACUGUCACUUGCAUGAAAGCCCAGUUUGAGUAUGGGUUUGAGUAUCUUGGCUCCACCAACAGGGAGGUUAUCUCCCCUCUUACUGAAAAAGUUUUCCUCAUGAUAGCCCAAGCCGUGAAAGCCCACACAGGCAUGUUGUGUAUGGGACCCCGGGAAGGAACCAAGUUUGAACUUGUCCAUGAGAUGUCCAAGUGCCUUGGUCAGCCACUGUACAUUUUCAACUGUGCCAAAACAACAGAUUACACCCAGCUUCAAGACAUUUUUAGAGGACUGGCAGCUACAGGUUGUUGGGUCUGCUUCAAUGACAUCUCACUACUGAAACCAUCUUGUUUAAGCCUGGUUGCCCAGAUGAUGUCUGUUGUCAUGGAGGCCAUGAAAUCUGGCAAGCCUGUGGUACAUUUACAAUCAGAAGAUGUGCAGCUUUCACCCUAUGGUGCAAUAUUUGGAUUAAUGGAUUCAGCUGUCCCAGUGACUCCUUGCAAUGCUGACAACUUGUUGAUCUAUCCAUCCGCUGCAGCACAACUCCCUGAUACACUGCUCAACCAGUUUAGAGUUGUUUCCCUUACUAAACCUGAUCUGCUGCUAUCAUUGCAGGUUCUCUUGUUUGGUCAAGGUUUUGUCAAUGGGAGAGAACUGGCAGGGAAGAUAACUCAGUUAUAUGAGACAUGCCAGAACAUGUUUGGGACUAACACAUUUGUCUCAAAUAAUAUUACACUUGGAACAGCAAGGAGCGCAAGUUUCUAUGGAUGGAGUAUCCAGUCCCUGAAGGGUGUUGUACAGCAGGCUGGGUAUUUCCUGGACAAAUUGCAGACUGGAGAGAAAGAUACUGGUUUGUCUACCAUACUAGAGGCAGAAGGUGCCAAUGAAGAGGGAGAAGUUGAGACAUCAGGUGCAUUGACUGCCUCCCCUAAAAGACUUCAACAGGAAGAAGAAUCCCUUGCCAUGGCACUGCGUGACACAUUCCUGCCUAGGAUGACAUCUCGUGAUGCCAGUGUCUUUGCAACUCUGCUAAAUGACCUUUGGCCUAAUGUGGAGCUGCCCAUGAUAUUUGGAGGGGAGGAAGAUCCAGGCAACCAGAGAUAUGGAGCCUCACACAUGACCAGACAACAAACACGAGCCAAAUCAUCCAAGAGCUAUGACUCAGAGAGAUCAAUCAGAGACUCUAUCAGCCUAAACACACCUGUGAUCCCGUCCCUCCACCUGGACCCGGCCAAGUUUUCACCCCUACAUGACCCAGAUGCUAAACAGGUGCUGGGUGACAUCAACGAUGCCAUUGCCGUGGCCACCGCUGACCUUGGCCUACUUCCAGGCACUGCCUUCCAGGCCAGAGUAAUGCAGCUGUCCCACCUAAAUGCUGUCCAUCAGUCUAUCCUAGUUGUUGGCCCACCUGGAUGUGGUAAAUCUGAAUGCAUCAAAACAUUUGCUGUGGCAGAGAGAGAAAGAGGGAAAACCAUCAAUGUACAGAGUGUUUUCACUAAAGCUGUGGAGAGUGGGGAGCUCCUGGGACAUUUUGAUGAGAAGACAAGAGAAUGGCAUGAUGGCUUAUUGACUGCCCUAUUGAGAAAAUUCUGUGUAACUGCACCAACAUCAUCCAACAGUAACAAAUCUAUGAUGAAGAUCAUGCAGCUGGAUGGGGAGUGUGACAGCUACCAGCUAGAGCUCAUCUACACCAUACUCAACCAUUCAGGCUCUGUGGUGUUGCCCAACAAUGAAAGGCUCAGCAUUCCUGACACACUCAAGUUUAUAUGGGAGCUGGAGAGUCUUGAAAACAUGGCCCCAUCCCUGCUGGCUACUGUAGGUGUCCUGCUGAUGACCCCCAGUGAUGUGGGGUGGAAGCUGAUGCUGGUUCAGUGGCUGGAGCACAGGAAUGAACCAGACAAGGACUUGCUCACAGAACUGUGCAACAUUUACAUAGAAACUGUGGUUGACUAUGUGACAAGCUGUACACAGCCUUCCAUGCUGGGCAGCAAGCAGAAGCCCAAAGGGAAACUACCAGAGUUUAAAAGAGUGAUCUCCCAUCCUUUAGUUAACAUGGUUAGAACAUUCACCAACCUCCUUGAGGUUCUGAUCAACCCAUUCAAUGACCUGACUGAUGUUGAGUAUGAGAGGUACUUCAACUUUGCUGCUGUCUGGGCCUUUGCUGGCACAUUAGCUGAGCAACACAGGGAGGAGUUCUCAAACUGGUGGAAGGAACAGUUCCAAGAUCACAUUGACUACCCCAGUGAUGGAACUGUGUUUGAUUAUAUUGUGGACAAUGAAACACAUGAGUUUUGCAAAUGGAGUGAGCUUGUUCCUUCCUACACUGGUACCCCACACAGAGGAAUCCCACAAGAUGCAUUUGUUCACACAGUCCAUACUGAGCAACUGCUUCAUCUCUUGGGGCUGUUGACUGAUGCAGGGAGACCAGUCAUGUUGGUUGGGGAGAGUGGGUGUGGCAAAACAGCCAUUAUCAAUGAAAGAAUGAGAACUGUGUGCUCAGGGGAAGUUGCUGAAGUUCUCUCCCUUACUGUCUAUGCAAACAGGUUCACCAAUGCUAAACUUUUGUUCAACCAACUGGAUGAGCGUCUGGAGUGGAAACAUGGCAGAACUCACAUCCCCAAAGGCAACAAGCGACUGCUGUGUUUGGUUGAUGACAUCAAUUUAUCUCAGACUGACAGCUAUGGCUUCCAGACAGCCUGUGAACUGAUAAGAGAACACCUGGAUGACGGUGGCUUCUACAGUCCUAUAAAUCACACCUGGCGCUACGUCAAGAGCGUCACGUAUGUGACAUCUGUCAACCCUCGCCCCACGGCAGAUGUGCCACCAGUUAGCCAGAGACUGCUGAGACAUUUUGCUGUGUUUGGCUGUCCAUUCCCAGGAUCAAAUGAGCUACAAACCAUCUUCAGCACCCUUCUCACAACCCAUUUCUUCACCCCUGAGAGCUCCCCUCAAGCUGUCCCCCACACUGACCACGGUGACAAAGCCCAGGCUAUGGUCCGCUUUGAGGAGGAGGCCUUGAAAAAAGUUGUCAGCUCCAUCGUCAAGGUUACGGUCGAGCUGUCAGAGCGCAUGAGGAUGAUGUUCCUCCCCACCUCUCAGAGGUGCCAUUACAUCUUCACUGCCAGAGAUCUGGGCACCAUUUUCAGGAACAUCUGCCUCUCCCUGCAACCAGGCUGCAAUAAAAGAAACCUCCUGUUGCUAUGGCAGCAUGAAUGUUUCUGGGUAUAUGGCAAGCGCAUGGUCAAUGAAGUGGACUUUAGAAGGUUCCGGCAGGCAUUUGUCACAGCCGUCAGAAAACAGUUCAUUGAUGAUGACCAAAUCCAGACUAUCAUCAAACCCAAGCCCCCAUUGUUCACCAAUUUGAUUGAGCAAGACAGUGGAGUGGUGACCGCUGGUAUGAUUGAUGCUCGCAGCAGUGCCAAUGUGUCAGAAGAGGAUGCCAAAACUGACCUGUAUCGUCCAGCUAAAUCUUAUGCAUCUACUAAAGAACUCCUGGAGAGAGGCUUGGAGGAAUACAACAAGAUACUCCCAAGUAUCAAGCUUUCCUUUUACAAGAGUGUGAUUGAACAAGUCUGCAGGCUGGCUAGGAUCAUAGCCUCCCCUCACGAAGGCGCCAACUCUGUCCUGGUAGCAGAAGGCUGCCCGUCCAGGUGCUCCAUCAUCACCAGACUGGCUGCUCACCUGUGCGGGUUCACCAUCUUCAAGAUCAGCCCCACAGCACCUGAUGCCUCCAUACCUUCCAAAAUGGAGCAGUUCAAGGCUGACCUAGUGGCUGGAUACACCAGAGCUGGAACUAAGAGUGAAAAAGUGUUGCUACUCCUGAGGGAAGAAGAACUGGCACAUAGCGACUACUUAGUUUUUCUGACAGAGUUCAUCAUAUCAGGGGCGAUAACUCAUCUGUUCAGUCAGGAAGAACAGACAACCAUUAUAAAUUCUAUUAGAACUGAAGUGACGCAGGCAGGGUUGACCUACACAAGAGAUGUGGCCUGGAACUUCUUCUUGAGGACUGUGCGCAAUAAUUUCCGUGUCAUUCUGGUUGCCUGUGGUGGUGCUGAAGAGUUUCAGCACAUGUGUAGAGAGUACCCAGCAUUCACUAAAAAUGUCAACUUCCUGUGGUUCCCUCAUUGGUCCAAGACACAGCUCAUUGAGCAUGCCAUGUACCAUUUGAAUAAGAUCAGUUGGAUGACAGACAUACAGAAGGAGAAUGUGGCCCACAUGCUGGCAUCAAUGCACCUUGUCCUGAGACAGCAAGAUGGUGGGGAGAGGUCGAGGGGAGAGUAUGGUCAUGUCAACAAUACAAGCUAUGAAAAGUUUGUGGAGAGGUUUAUUUCCCUUGCUAAUGAAAGAAACAAAGAAGUAAAGCUGACCCAUGAAGCUGUCACCCAGACACUGAAACAGAUCAGGCAUGAGAACGAGGUGGCCAUCAAACUGAAGAAACAGCUGGAGCAUGAGAUGGUGGUUCUAGAGGAGAGGAAGGCUGGAACAAUAAAAAUACUGAGCCAGAUUGGUCAAGACACAGCCAUCACAGAACAGCAGGUCAAGGUGGUCAAGAAUCAAAUGGAAAAAAUUGACCGGCUGAAAAAGCGCCUCCCUGAGUAUCAAGUGGCCCAUGAAAGAGCAGUGUACAAGGCCAUUGCAAUAGUUGCAGACACCAAGAAAGUCAUCAAGCUGAUGGAUGUCAAUGAGCUGGCUGAGCUCAGGGCCAUGCAGAAACCAUCCUUAGAUACAGAAGAUCUUAUGUCAACCAUCAUCAUGUUGUUAAAAUCACCAUCAGCUGACCUGACUUGGCAAAAAGGUGCAAAAAGACAAAUGGCUAACUUAGAAAGGUUCAUUGAGGAACUCAGCACAUUUGAUGACUUCCAGCUACCAGAAUCCACCCUGGUUCUUGUGGAGCCAUACUUAAAGAAACCUUCAUUUGAUCCUGAAACAAUGGCACAAAAAACUGGCAACUCGGCCUGUGGCUCCCUCUGUAAAUGGGUCAGAGGGGUUGUUGGGUACCACAGGAUGAUGUUGUCUAAAGUGAAACCUUUGCACCAGAAGGUAGAGGAGACAACUCAGGCUGUUGACAAUGCUCAGCACAGAAUGAAUACCCUGGAGACCAAAAGAAAGGCUCUGGAAAUAAGACUGGCAGAUUUGGCUCGUAGUUUUGAGGAGGCGACCAUUGACAAAAAUGAGCAGGAAGAGAAAACUAUUCGCAUGAAGAAGAUGCUGGACACAGCUGCUGAGCUUAGAAGGAUUUUAAGUGGAGAAAGACAAAGGUGCCAGCAGAUCUUUGACUCAUUCGAGCGCAGGAUGGUGGCAAUACCUGGAGGGUGUGCCAUGGCUGCAGCAUUCGCCACCUACCUGGGGUGCUACCACCACAACUUCCGCAAGGCCAUGCUGACCAACCACUGGCCAGGGUGUCUCAGGGAGAGGGGAAUACCUCUGGUCAUUGAUUCGGUGGAUGGCCUUAAGGGUCGAGUUGUGGACUGGUCAGUUCCAAUCCUCAAAACAUCAUCAGGAGCAAGUGACAUCUAUGAGAUUAACUACAGCUCACUGUUAGAAAACAUUGGAACACCCAAGUCUCCCAAUAAGGAGCAGCCUGAGGUUGAGGUAGAUGAUGAGACAGAUGAUGAAGAGAAAGAAAUGGAUACCAGUGAGGCAGGAAAGGAGACAGGAAGGUCUGUAAGUGGAGGGAAGACAAGCCCAGCAAAACAGCAAGAGAAGGAGGCGAUGAAACCUGGCAAUGUUGAACAGGCCGAGGGCGGAGAGAAUAAAAAUGAGGAGGAGAAAUUUGAGAAUGAAAAGGAUAAAGUCAAAUCAGCAAGAGUUUCAGAGAGAUUAGUUUCACCCAAAGAACAGAAAGCCAAAUCACCAACAGGAAAAUCACCAACUUUAUCCACUCAACAAAAUAACAAUGUUAACAACACUGUAGAUGAUGAGGGAUGGCAAGAUGUGGCUCACAUCCAAGCUGAUGACAAUGGGGAUCUUAGAAGUGAAGGGACAGCAAGCUCAUCACCAAUACUGACCAGUGUUCAGUAUAACAAAUAUGUUAGAUCACUGGUCAAGAUAUUGAUUGGGGAGACAGUUCUUAAUGAAUGGGUUAUGAAAGACUUUGGACCUCGUCAAAUUGAAAAUGCUGCCAUACUGUGUACCAGCUGGCAACGUCCACCCAUGAUGAUUGAUCCAAACAAUGAGGGCUCACACUGGUUGGGGACAUUAAACAAGCUAAUGAAUAAAGGCAAGCUCAUCACUCUGGAUAUGGAGAACAGAUCUGACCCACACAUAAUGACUUCUCUCGAGAAAGCAAUCACAAAAGGGAAACCAGUCUUACUAAAAAAUUGUUCAGAGACCAUUGACAAUAUGAUUAUGCCCCUUGUGCAUCAUCGCAACACAGCAAAUGAAAAAGACCUUGAAGAAGAACCAAGAAUGAUCCUCUUCUGUGGCCGUAGGACCCUGUGCCACCCAGACUUCCGGUGCUACCUGUCCACCCACCUGUCAAGGCCACGGUUCAAUCCUGUCAUGGCUUCCAGUGUCACCCUCAUCAACUUUGGCGUCUCACACAACACACUAACAGAAGACCUGCUCACACGCACAUUUGCUCGCAUCCGUCCCAGCCUCUACCAGGAGAGAAACCGUGCGUUGAGGAACCAGCACCUGCAAAAAGAAACUUUGUAUAGAUUUUCUGAAACUGUCAAAGACCAAGUAUUAGCUGGAGGACAAGAGGCAAUGCUUAGCUCCCCUAAAGCUCUACAGUUCAUCACCAAUAUUACAGAAGCCAAACUUCAGCUGGCACUGCAACUAGCCAACACCCAGGAGAUUAUUGAAGACCUUGACAUUCUCAAAGACGAGCUGUACCCUGUAGCACGGAGAGCUUCCAUCAUGUACUCACUCAUGCGCUCGCUGGCCGCCAUUUACCCAGAGUACCAGUUCACCCUGCAGUACUUCCUGGAGCUCUUUGACGAGGCCAUUGGAGGGCAGUUCCCACCUGACUUCUUCACUGAGGCAGAUGGGGAGGGCUAUGAAGAGGAAGAAACAACAGAGAGUAAGAUAAAAAGAAAGAGAUCCAGCAGCAAUGCCUCACAGGUGUCAAAUAAAGAUAAACAAGCAGGUGAUAAAGAGAAUGAAGAAACAAAAGCAGAACAAGAAGAUGAAACCAGUGGGAAAAUAAAUCCUUCUGAAACUGAAGAAUCUGCCAGCACUGCAGCAAUCCACAAGCUGGUCCAUGGCUCAGACUCCAAUGACCUCCCAUCUGUGGACAUGCCAGACAUUGUGCCACUGCCCACUGAUGGAGUAGAGUACACCAGCUACACCAGUGAUCAGGUGAAGAAACUGAUGGACAGUGUCACCAGUCUCAUUUACCACAGGGUCAAAAUGUGUCUGUAUGAAGAAGACAGGCUGCUGUUCUCUACUCUGAUGUGUCUGAGUAUCCAGGUAGAGGCAGGGGAGGACAUCACUAAUGAAGAGAUGUCUCUGUUUUUGCAAGGUAACCCUGGACUGGGAAUACAACUCUCAUUGUCAGAUUUUGACUGCAAGGCAGAAGUGCCAGAUUGGCUUUCUAAAGAAAAAUGGGAAGAUGUUUUGGCUCUGUCAGUCCUACCCGGCCCACUGGACAGCCUUUGUGUGGAUGUUGCUGUAAAUGCUGAGCAAUGGAAGGAGUGGUACACCAGUCCCUACCCUGAGAAGAUGAAGCUUCCAUUUGAUGGGGGCAAGGAUCUGGAUGGUGAAGAUGAGAAAGCUGAUGUUGGCACAGAGAAGAAUAGAAAAGAUGAAGUUCCAACCUCUGGCUACAAGUCUUCUGGCCUGAAUGACUUUCACAAAAUGUUAAUCCUCCGCAUGCUGAGGCCAGACCGCCUGCCCACAGCUCUGCUGGAGUACACCCACAACCACCUCGCAGCCUACGACCCCGAAGAGGAAACCUUUAAUGUCAGGGAGGUUCUAAGUGAUGCUAGGAAACACUGGGGUGUGCUGGUUCUCCUUCCCUCCCCUGCCCAUGACGCCAACAGCCACCCAGCGUCCAGGCUUAAACUGACCAUUUCACCUGUGGAAGAGUUAAUGAACUUGGCUAAGGUAGCUAAUAUAUUUGUGCAAAGAGUCACCAUCAGUGAGGGAUCUGCCACUACGCUGGAGGAAGCAUUGGAUGCUGCUGACAAAAAAGAUGGUUGGGCUAUCAUUGAGUCUGUCCACUUGGCUACACCUUUGGCUGUGUCAAAUUUGAUGCAUCACUUACAGAGGAUUCACAAGAGCAGAGUCAACUUCCAAGAUGAUAAAACUGAAGAUAAAGGCAGCUUCUGUGUGUGGUUGACCUCUCACUGCUGCAGUAAUCUCCCCCUGGUUCUAAUUGAGAACCUUCUGAAAAUAGCCUGGAACUCACUCCUGUCCUACCCAGCUGUAUCAAAAGAACCAGAUACAGAGGUGAAAAAAUCAACUGUGACUUUCAGUCCACUUUCUCCAUUGUCUUACCUGAAAACAGCCAUCAUCUCAUCCCUGCAGCUGAUACCUACAGCCUCUCUAGAAACCCUGCAACAAGCCUCGCCCAAGGUCAGAACCCUGGCCUUUGCCAUCGCUGUGGUACAUGGCGUCCUCCUGUCUCGCCAGCUCUUUGGCAGUGUCGGGCUCUCACGCUGGCAUCCUAUAGGGGCCUCUCAAAUCACAGCUGCCGUGGACUUCUUGACGUCUGCUAACAUGAAAGCAGCAGAAUCAUCGGAGCCGACUCUGGAAGAUUUGUGCCAUGCUGUUCCUAAUCUGGUCUAUGGUGCUAUGCUGUCAGAAGAACAUGACAAGAUGUACAUCAAUGCCCUAUGUCAACACAUUCUUACUUGUGUAUAUCAGAGUCCUGAGGCCAAAAUACCUUUAGGUGGAGCCUUCAUAUCGGUACCACCUAGCUCCAUAGAUCCAAAAGAUUUUGCUGACUGGUUUGAGAGAAAUGCAGAUGAAGAUAUGACCUUGACUGCUCUAAAGCUAAACACAGCUGUAGAAAGAUCUACCAAUGAUUCUAGCUCUGCUAAAUUCAUCACACGCCUGGACCAGAUGUUUGAAACCCAGAACACAGACUCUGGCAUAGCUUCCACAGUGUCCCCUCUCUCUAAAGUCAUCAUCCCCAAGCUGCGGUCAGCCCUGGACAUCUGCUUGGAGCACCUGCCUCUGAUGUUGGAACUUGGGGACAUCCCACAACUGACCAGGAUGGAGUAUGAUUUUCCCUAUCACUGUCCCAGUAUCAUCAGUAUGAGCAGCGCUGAGAGCACUUUGAUGCCGGAGAGUAUUGGAUAUGUCCUGCUGCAGGAGUGUCUGUGGAUGAACACAGUGCUCUGCCACAUCAGGCAGGAGAUCCACGACCUUGAGACCAACCUCCUGGGAGGGUCAGGCGCUCUACCUCGCAGACUCCUCCCCACAGUGUUCAGCUUGCAGGAGGAGUUUGUGCCAGUCAGCUGGAUACACCCCAACUGUCAGCCGUGUACACACUCCCUGCUCUCCUGGCUCAAAGAUCUCAACAAACGCUAUGACCAGCUGAACCACUGGGUGCGUCGCAGCAUGGUGCCCACAUUUGUUGAUGGUGAGAUACCAGAGGGCUCCACAAUAGCAAGAGGACGACUGACCUCUGUCUGGCUGGGUGGACUGGUCAACCCUCAGGCCCUGCUCUCAGCACUCAGACAGGAGAAGGCUAUCCUGGCCAAGGUUAAUCUAGAAGAUGUGCACUUUGACUGUGUGGUACUCAGUCACAUGGACCUGGAUGAGUUUGAGAUGGACGAAGGUGGACUUUUCCUCACAGACCUCGUCCUGGAGAAUGCUGCCUGGGACUACAACCAUAAGUGCUUGAUAGAUGCCAAAGACUCAGGGUUGACUGUGCUUAAGUCAGUAUACCUCAAGCCAGUGGUCAAGCCAAGUAAAGCUGAUGAUGGCAGUACAGACAAGAAUGUACAGGACCAGGCUGUCUGCCAAUUGCCUGUCUUCAUAAAUAAGAGUCGACAAAUGCAAAUUUGGACCUUACCAGUUCCAUGCUCAGAGUCUAAAAAACACUGGUCACUUUGUCGUGCUGCUUUCAUUCUUGACCCAGGGUUACCUGAGGGUUUCAGUAAAAAAUCCAGAGCUUACCUGAUGCUGCAGCAUCUACCUGCCGUCAUGAGACCAGGUCAGGAGGAAGAGGAAGCAGGGGAAGACAAUCAAGAAGAAGGGGAAGACAACCACGAAGCAGAAGAUGAGAACGAAGAUGAAGCAUCUGUGGCCGAGUCCUCGGGAUCGCAGUUGUCCUACAAGGCCAUGUCCCCUAAAGCUUCACCCCUGCCGGAGAUGUUAAGCUUGAAGAGGGAACCUCCAAUGUUAGGGGAUGAGCCAAAACAUGUUAAGGAAGAAAAACCUCUUUCAGCUAGUAGUCAUAAAAGUGGGAAAAUAUCUUCAACAAGAAAAGAUGACUCAGUCAGAUCAGAUACGAAACCUGUGAAAAUUUCAACACCAUCUAAAGAAAAACCUCUGUCAGCCAGUAGUCAACAUAGUGGAAAAAUAUCUUCAACAAGAAAAGAUGACUCAGUCAGAUCAGAUACGAAACCUGUGAAAAUUUCAACACCAUCUAAAGAAAAACCUCUGUCAGCCAGUAGUCAACAUAGUGGACAAAGAUCUUCAACAAGAAAAGAUGAUUCAGUCAGAUCAGAUACAAAACCUCCUAAGGUUUUAUCACCAUCAAAACAGGGGUAUGAUAAUGAAGAGAAAACAGAAACUGGCCAACCAGAAACCCAGGCUUCAUUUACUGCAGUACCACAGCAAGUUCAGCCAGCUAUUGCAGAAGACAAGAAAAGGGAAGUAACUGCAGAAGACAGUAAUUUAACAGGGGAAACAAAUUUACCAAACAGGGGUAACAAUUCUGAACAAAUUUCUCCAAAAGGAUCUUCAGAUAGAAAUGAAACUGAUUUAAAAAAAGAAAAAGCUGAUGCGCCAAUAGGUGAUGGAGAAUAUGAAAUUGAUGAAGAAGAUGAUGAAGAAGAUGAUGAAGAAGAUGAUGAAGAUGAUGAUGAAUAUGAGGAUGAAGAUGAGGAAGAAGAUGAAGAGCUACCCAUUGGAGAUGAAAUAGAGGAUGACAAUAAUGGAACACCUGGAAUCGGAAAUGUCUAAAAUUUAUCCAGCUUUUUAACCAGGAAAUAUAACUGCAAAUGCAUAUUAAAAUUUAUAUGCAUCUAAUGUAUACAUACAUUUUGUGUAGCUUUUUUAUGUGAAGAAAAGAGAGCAAAGCCAUAUAUUGUCCAUAGGUAAAUACAUAAUUUUUUCUUAAAAUAGUCAUUACAAUUCCACUGUUUAAAAAGCCGACUUGUUUUAUUCAACGCAUU